AUGUACGUGAUCCAGGACAUGGUCUUCUCAACUGUUCUUCUUGCUUUGUUGGUGAUCGUAUCACUUGGAUUGGGCCUAGGUCUCGGUCUCAGGAAACCAGAGACAUUAGGCAGCUGCAGGAAGAAAUGCUUUGAUUCAUCAUUUAGAGGACUGGAGGGCUGCCGAUGUGACGUGGCCUGCAAAGAGCGACGUGACUGCUGCUGGGAUUUUGAAGACACCUGUGUGAAAUCAACUCAAAUAUGGACCUGCAAUAAAUUUCGCUGUGGGGAGACCAGGCUAGAAUCUAGCCUUUGUUCUUGCUCAGAUGACUGUUUGCAGAGGAAAGACUGCUGUGUGGAUUAUAAGAGUGUUUGUCAAGGAGAAACUCCUUGGGUGACAGAAGAAUGCAGCACAGCUGAGCAGUCUCAGUGUCCAGAAGGGUUUGACUUGCCACCAGUCAUCUUGUUUUCAAUGGAUGGAUUUAGAGCUGAGUAUUUGCAAACAUGGCAUACGUUAAUGCCUAACAUUAAUAAACUAAAAACAUGUGGAAUUCAUUCCAAAUACAUGAGAGCUGUCUACCCAACCAAAACCUUCCCGAACCAUUAUACUAUUGUCACGGGCUUGUAUCCAGAAUCUCAUGGUAUCAUCGACAAUAAUAUGUAUGAUGUAAACCUCAACAAGAAUUUUUCACUUUCAUCAAGUGAACAAAAGAACUCCGCUUGGUGGGGUGGACAGCCAAUCUGGCUGACAGCAGAGUAUCAAGGUUUAAAGUCAGGUACCUACUUUUGGCCAGGAUCAGAUGUGGCUAUAAACGGCUCUUUUCCUUCCAAAUAUGUGCUUUAUAAGAAUAAUGUUCCAUAUGAAGAGAGAAUCUCUACGUUGUUGAAAUGGCUGGAUCUACCCAAAGCUGAAAGACCCACAUUUUACACCUUGUAUGUGGAACAGCCUGAUUCUGCAGGACACGAUGGUGGACCAGUCAGUGCCAAAGUUAUUCAAGCCUUGCAAGUUGUAGAUCAAGCAUUUGGAAUGUUGAUGGAAGGCCUAAAACAGCGGAACUUACAUAAUUGUGUCAAUCUUAUCCUUUUGGCUGAUCACGGAAUGGAGCAGACUUAUUGUGACAAGAUGGAAUAUAUGACAGAUUACUUUCCUCAAAUAAACUUCUUUUACAUGUAUGAAGGACCAGCACCUCGUAUCAGGUCUCGUAAUAUACCACAAGACUUCUAUACCUUUAACUCUGAAGAAAUUGUUAAGAACCUCAGUUGCCGAAGAUCUGAACAGCAUUUCAAACCGUAUUUGACUCCUGAUUUACCAAAACGACUGCACUAUGCCAACAAUGUCAGAAUUGACAAAGUUCAUCUUCUGGUGGACCGGCAGUGGCUAGCUGUGAGGAGUAAUGCAUAUACAUUUUGUGGCGGAGGCAAUCAUGGUUAUAACAAUGAAUUUAAGAGCAUGGAGGCUAUCUUUCUAGCACAUGGACCCAGUUUUAAAGAGAAGACUGAAGUGGAACCAUUUGAAAAUAUUGAAAUCUACAACUUAAUGUGUGAUCUUCUACACAUUCAACCAGCACCCAACAAUGGCACCCAUGGUAGUUUAAAUCAUCUUCUGAAGGUACCUUUUUAUACGCCAUCCUACCCAGAGGAAGUGUCCAAGGCUUCUGUCUGUGGCUUUCCUGAUCCAUUACCCUCAGAUUCUUCUGACUGCCAGUGCCCUAUACUAUCAAAUGAGACUUAUAGAAAGCCCAUAAAUGAAAGGCUAAAUCUCACCUCAGAUGAAAUAACAGCAACAGAGAAAGAAAAUAUGCCAUUUGGGAAGCCAAAGGUCAUACAGGAGAACAAGGAACACUGUCUUCUUUACCAAAGAGAAUAUGUGAGUGGAUUCGGAAAAGCCAUCAAGAUGCCCCUGUGGACCUCCUACACCAUCCGUAAGCCAGGAGACACAUCGCCUCUUCCUCCUGCUGCCCUAGACUGUCUGCGGCAUGAUGUCAGGGUCGCUCCUUCUGAGAGCCAAAAAUGUUCCUUCUAUUUACCAGACGUGAAUAUCACCCACGGCUUCCUCUAUCCUCCUGGAAACAAUAGAACUUCUGAAAGUCAGUAUGAUGCUUUAAUUACAAGUAAUUUUGUCCCUAUGUAUGAAGAAUUUGAAAAACUGUGGCAGUACUUUCACAGUGUUCUUCUCAUAAGACAUGCAGUAGAAAGAAAUGGAGUAAAUGUGAUUAGUGGACCAGUAUUUGAUUAUAAUUAUGAUGGACAUUUUGAUGCUCCAGAUGAAAUUAAAGAACAUGUCAUCAAUACCAGUGUUCCCAUCCCCACACACUUCUUUGUGGUGCUGACCAGCUGUCUAAACCGGAGCCACACCCCCAACGACUGCCCUGGGUCUCUGGAUGUCCUGCCUUUCAUCAUCCCGCACCGGCCGACCAACGUGGAGAGCUGCCCUGAAGGCAAGGAGGAAAGCUAUUGGAUUGAGGAAAGAUGGAAUGCACACAUGGCUCGCGUUCGUGACGUGGAACUUCUUACUGGACUUGAUUUCUAUCAGGAAACAGCACAGUCAGUCUCUGAGAUUUUGCAACUAAAGACUUAUUUACCUGUACUUGAAACCAUUAUUUAG